GUGUUGAUUAAUUCAAAAUUGAUUAAUUGGGCUGGUGCUAAUUAAACUGUAAAGUGAUCCACACACAGUUCGCCUAAUUAACACGCAUCCAUGUGUAUAUAUAACACACAAGUCGCAGCACAUAGCAACACACCACAAAACACACAAAUACAUAAACGAUCUCUUCUUUUGCUUUCUCAGUAAUUAACAAUGGAUGCAAUGAAGAUGAGACUCUUUGAGGCUGUCUUGGUGGCUAUGAUGGCUUUCUCUGCUCUGCAACAUGCAGCCGCCGUGGAGGCUCCAGCUCCGAGCCCUACCUCUGACGCUUCCUUGUCUAUCCCUGCUUUUGUCGCUACCGUAGCCACUCUGGCGUUUGGGUUUCUAUUCUGAGCAGAUUCCUUUUGAUUUUUUUAGUUUAUAUAGAAAUCAUAUUCUUGAUUUCAUAAUUAUUUUCACUCUUGUGUAUUGUUUAAAGAUUUGCCACAUCCGAAUAUCAAUAAACACAUCCCUAUCA